AUGGCACAAUCUAAAGGCCAUCUUUUCGUUGGAGGGAAAGUAUUCCUGCACGCCAAGAAACCGGGGCUCGAGACGGAGCCUCAAUUUGGGGAUGCAAUUUACAUACGCGACGGAAUCAUUAAGCACGUUGGUUUGGAGGAGGAUGACGCUAUUUCCCAGUCCCGAGCUGCCGGUGCUGUUAUACACAAUCUCAAUGGUCGAACCAUCCUACCGGGCUUUAUUGAUGGUCAUAUUCACUUGCUAAGACUAGGACAAUCACUGAGUAAAGUUGGAUUAGACCACUGCGAGAACUUGGACGAUAUUCGUAAGGCUAUCAAGGAUUACGCAGUUGCGAAUCCUAACGAGCCGCGUAUUCUCUGUAAAGGAUGGAUGAGAUAUAUGUCAAAACCUCUAGCAAGUCUAGUCGAUGACUUAGACCAUCGGCCUAUCUAUGUUGAUUCUAAGGAUCUUCACACAACCUGGUGUAGUACCUCGGCUCUUAAGGAAAUUGAUGCGAAGAAUCUAGCGGAUCCCGAAGGUGGUAAAAUCGAACGUGAUUCGGAUGGAAAUCCUACGGGAGCUUUCGAGGAGGCCGCUGUCUUCACUAUUAUUUGGCCUUUCCUUGCAUCACUUGCGACUAAGAACGAUCUCGAAGACUGGAUCCGGGCUGCGGUACAGACAUACAAUAAGUCUGGUUAUACUGGGGCAAUAGAUAUGGCAAUGGAAGAACAAGCAUGGACUACUCUUCUCGACAUGCGCGAAGAACAGCGAGAACGACCAUUGCCAUUCCGACUUGCAGCUUACUGGCUUAUGACGCCUUCAAGCUCGGAAGCCGACUGUCUUUCCCAGGUCGACCGAGCUAUCGAGGUACACAAGCAGCUCAGCGCCAAGGAGUCACCAGACCUCCACGUCGUCGGUAUCAAGGUCAUCUGCGACGGUAUCAUCGAUGCCUGCACCGCCUAUAUGUCCGAUCCUUAUUUGAAAGGAGCUGACGCUACGAAACAUAUCAACGGCGAGCCGUUCUGGAACCCCGAGAUACUCAAUGCGGUAGUGCGCAAAGCUGAUGCCGCGGGUUUACAAGUCGCGCUUCAUGCUAUUGGAGACGCUGCUAUUACCAUGGCUGUCGAUGCUCUGUCCGCAUGCUCUCCGAAGAAUCGUCACCGCAUGGAACAUCUCGAGCUUGCAUCUGCUCGGGACGCCAAGCGCCUCGGAGAAUUUGAAAUCACCGCUUCGAUUCAACCUGUUCACGCCGAUCCAUGGAUCCUCCGAGCAUGGCCAGAUCUUCUAGGUCACCGCUGCGAGCGCGCUUUCCCUUACCGGGAGUUCUCAGACGGUGGCGCACCGCUCGCUCUCGGCAGCGACAGUCCGACAUCACCGUGGGAUAUCAUGGGCAACGUCUACGUUGCGAGUACAAGGAAGUCUUAUAGAAAUACGCAAUACGAGAACAUUGUCAACUACAACUUCCGCCUCGGCGUAUGCGAAUCCGUAGUAGCUGCGAGCUAUGGGUCGGCUAGAAGUGUGUUCUGGGAUGAACGGCUAGGUAGCCUAGAGCCGAGUAAGGUUGCGGAUUUUACGAUAUGGGAUAUGGACUGGGAUAAAGACAAGCUUCUUGGUGCUGCGGUGAAGGAAACGUGGUUUAAUGGUGAAAAGGUUUGGGGCGCAGAAUAA